AUGGACUCGGCCCAGCGGCCCAUCAGCCUCAGGGAGGCCCGGCAGGCCCACGGCCCAGCCCAGUCCCGGGGCACUGUCACCAGCCGGGCCGGCCGGGGCCCAGCCCGCGUUCCGGCCUCCCUCAGGCGCGGCACCGCCUCACGGCUGGCAAAGACCGAAGGGGCUGCGGGGAGAGGCCUCUGCAGGGGUCGUAAGGAGGACGAGGAGAAGCCCCUGCCGGGUUUCGAACCCGCGGCCCCGGGGGCGGCGCCGCUGCCCGGCCGUGACUCGGCAGCGGCAAGGACCCACCCGGCCCCGCCCCUCACUGAGCGCCCGCCCCCUCCGCAAAGGCCGCCCUUAGGAACUGCCCUCUCAUUGGCCGAGCGCCGGCUCCUCCCGGCCUUUGAUUGGCCUAUCCCCAUCCUCAGGCCUCGCGUCCUGCGCUGCGAUUGCUUCGCUGUCGGUCAGCACGCGGGGCGGGAGCCAGCCCGACACCCCCCCACGGCGGGCCCGACACCCCUCCCCGACACACAGAUACCCCCAGGGGCCCCUCUAGGGCGGGGGAGCUGCUGGCCAAGUACUUUCCUGUACCUGAAGUUCCUGGUGGUGUGGGCCCUGGUGCUGCUGGCAGAUUUUGUCCUGGAGUUCAGAUUUGAGUAUCUGUGGCCCUUCUGGCUCUUCAUCAGGAGCGUUUACGAUUCCUUCCGAUACCAGGGUUUGGCCUUUUCAGUAUUUUUUGUUUGUGUAGCAUUCACAUCCAAUAUAAUCUGUCUGCUCUUCAUACCAAUACAAUGGCUGUUUUUUGCUGCCAGCACCUAUGUUUGGGUACAGUAUGUCUGGCACACAGAGAGGGGGGUGUGCUUACCAACAGUAUCACUGUGGAUACUUUUUGUUUAUAUUGAAGCAGCCAUUAGAUUUAAAGAUUUAAAAAAUUUCCACGUAGACCUUUGUCGUCCAUUUGCAGCACACUGUAUUGGCUACCCUGUUGUGACUUUGGGCUUUGGCUUUAAAAGUUACGUCAGCUACAAAAUGCGUUUAAGAAAACAGAAAGAAGUGCAGAAGGAGAACGAGUUCUACAUGCAGCUCCUGCAGCAAGCACUGCCCCCAGAGCAGCAGAUGCUGCAAAGGCAAGAGAGGGAGGCAGAGGAAGCAGCCAAAGGAUUAUCCGAUAUGGAUUCCUCAAUACUCCUGCAGCACAAUGGAGGCAUUCCAGCCAAUAAAAAAAUAUCCUCAACAUUGCCAGAGCUAGAAUAUAGAGAAAAAGGGAAAGAAAAGGACAAGGACGCGAAGAAACACAACCUUGGAAUAAAUAACAAUAUUUUGCAACCUGUAGACUCUAAAAUACAAGAAAUUGAAUAUAUGGAAAACCAUAUCAAUAGUAAAAGAUUAAAUAAUGAUCUCGUAGGAAGUACAGAAAACCUCUUAAAAGAGGACUCAUGCACUGCCUCGUCCAAAAAUUACAAAAAUGUCAGUGGAGUUGUGAACUCCUCACCUCGCAGCCACAGUGCAACCAAUGGGAGCAUCCCCUCCUCAUCCACUAAAAAUGAGAAAAAACAGAAAUGUGCCAGCAAGAGCCCGAGCACACAUAAGGACUUAAUGGAAAAUUGUAUUCCUAAUAACCAGCUGAGCAAACCAGAUGCACUGGUAAGGUUGGAACAGGACAUUAAGAAGCUAAAGGCUGACCUGCAGGCCAGCAGGCAGAUCGAGCAGGAGCUGCGCAGUCAGAUCAGUUCCCUGACCAACACAGAGCGGGGGAUCCGCUCGGAAAUGGGGCAGCUCCGGCAGGAAAACGAGCUCCUGCAGAACAAAUUGCACAACGCUGUACAAAUGAAACAAAAGGACAAACAGAUGAUCAGCCAGUUGGAGAAGAAACUAAAGGCAGAGCAGGAGGCACGAACCUUUGUAGAAAAGCAAUUAAUGGAAGAGAAGAAGAGGAAGAAGCUGGAAGAAGCAACCGCUGCACGUGCUGUGGCCUUUGCUGCUGCCACGAGGGGAGAGUGCACUGAAACUCUACGGAAUCGUAUCCGGGAGCUGGAGACAGAGUGCAAGAAGUUAACAAUUGACAUAAAGCUGAAAGAAGAUCAGAUACGAGAGCUAGAAAUGAAAGUUCAGGAGCUGCGGAAGUACAAGGAAAACGAGAAGGAUACGGAGGUGUUAAUGUCAGCACUUUCAGCCAUGCAGGAUAAAACACAGCACUUAGAGAACAGCCUGAGUGCAGAGACCAGGAUCAAGCUGGAUCUGUUCUCUGCGUUAGGAGAUGCAAAAAGGCAGCUGGAGAUUGCCCAAGGGCAAAUCAUUCAAAAAGAUCAGGAAAUCAAGGACCUAAAACAGAAGAUUGCAGAAGUCAUGGCAGUAAUGCCCAGCAUAACAUACACUGCAGCCACCAGCACUCUGAGUCCUGUUUCCCCACAUUACUCUUCCAAAUUUGUGGAGACCAGCCCUUCUGGACUCGAUCCCAAUGCCUCUGUUUAUCAGCCCUUGAAGAAAUGAAUGCCAAUUUUUUUGCCCAGUGAUUUUUGUCAUGCUGAAGGCAUCACACAGGAGUGUCUCUUGCAGUCAAGAUGAAAUUGUAUUGUGUGAGACUGUAUUUGUUGUCAUUUAAAACAGGAUAAAAAGAACAUCUGGAUUGACUAGAACUGCCCAUCAGUUUUUUCUUGUAAAUUUUUAGAGAACCUCACAGAACUUUGCAAUUUUAUUUUCCUUGGCCAACGCAUUAAAAACAAUUCUUGGUUUUCAAGUAGCCAAUUUUGCCUUUUUAUGUACUCUUGCAUGGUUUCCUCUUGAAAAAAUACAGGGCUUUGCUUGAUUUUGAACCCUUUCUUCUUUUUCCUUUUUGAUUUCAUAAUCAAAAUGAAUUUGCAGAUUCGUUCAGAAAUAGCGAGGCGGGGGGGGGAAAAUCUUUAGUUCUUCCAGUGAAAGGGUUAAAUAAUCUAACAAAGCUUUGAUUUAUAGAUGUAUUAAAUGCAAAUACGUGAUGUUGCAGAAGAUAAUUUGAUUUACCCCCUCAAAGGACCAAACAAAUUUCAGGGGCGUUGUUUAAGGGAAGGAGUAAGAGAAUAGAUGAUGAUGUGACGGUGGUUGUUGUGUGAAAUAUUUAUAUUCCCAUUGGUGUUUUUAGUCAUUGAGAAUUGCUGACAGUCUUGUUCACAGUGCCUUGGGAAAAGACAUUUCAAGAGGAAACUUGAUAGUUUAAACUAUUUUUUCCCCCUUCACUGUCAUCUAUCUUAUAUAUCAAGCUCAUUACAGAGUCUACUGCAAAUUGUACAUGGUAAUUUGGAUGUUCAUGAUAAACCAAGGUUACAUCUUCUGUUUAUUUUGAUAUAAACUCAGCAGUGUUCUGUAACUUGCCUUGAUUAUUCUGCAUCGUGGAAGGCACAAAUAAUUAAUCCAGAAGCGUUAACGUGAAGGUGGAGCUGUGCAAUGUACUGUAUACAAGAGACUGUAAAGCUGGCUAAUAAAACCUGCAGUUCUGGGUUGUUUU